GUGGACGCGUCACCAGUCGCGUCCAGGUCACUAGCGGACUGCUCAAGUCGAGACAUGGCAGCAAACAUGGAGGUCAUAGGAAUGGAAAUACAGAAAGAGGAACCUACUUUCGAGUCUGUCGUGGCCGAAAAGUCAGCAUUGUAUAAAGAGCUUCAAGAAGAGGACCUCUACACAAAGUACAAGAAACUUGAGCGCCAUCUGCAGCUGCUCGAUAUCCAAGAGAGCUAUAUCAAGGAUGAGCAGGCCAACCUCAAGCGAGAACUUAUCCGCGCGCAGGAAGAAGUCAAGCGGAUCAAGUCCGUCCCUCUUGUUAUCGGACAGUUCCUCGAAGCAAUCGACCAGCAGACUGGUAUUGUCGGAUCGACAACAGGAUCAAACUACGUAGUUCGUAUCCUGUCGACUUUGGACCGUGAACUGUUGAAACCCUCAUCCUCUGUUGCCCUUCAUCGGCACUCGAAUGCCCUCGUCGACAUAUUACCUCCGGAGGCUGACUCUUCCAUUUCCAUGCUUGGGAAAGAGGAAAAACCAGAUGUAACAUAUUCUGAUGUCGGUGGUAUGGACUCCCAGAAGCAAGAGAUCCGUGAGGCUGUCGAACUCCCUCUUACGCACUUUGAUUUGUACAAGAAAAUCGGUAUCGAUCCUCCACGAGGUGUACUAUUAUAUGGGCCUCCAGGCACCGGCAAAACUAUGCUUGUCAAGGCCGUCGCCUAUCAUACCACGGCGUCCUUCAUUCGUGUAGUGGGCAGUGAAUUCGUGCAGAAGUACCUGGGUGAAGGCCCUCGAAUGGUUCGAGACGUCUUCCGUCUAGCUCGUGAAAAUUCACCCGCCAUCAUUUUCAUUGAUGAAAUCGACGCUAUUGCAACGAAACGGUUCGAUGCACAAACCGGCGCUGACCGUGAAGUCCAACGUAUCCUUCUUGAACUUCUCAACCAAAUGGACGGUUUCGAUCAAACCAGCAAUGUCAAGGUUAUUAUGGCAACCAACAGGGCUGAUACCCUGGAUCCUGCACUUCUUCGGCCUGGCCGGUUGGACAGAAAGAUCGAAUUUCCUUUACCAUCAAGACGAGAAAAGCGACUCAUCUUCCAAACUUGCUCAAGUAAGAUGAACCUCGGUCCUGAUGUCGAUCUGGAAGAUUUCGUCUCACGACCGGAUCGGUUAUCAUCUGCGGAAAUCGCUUCCAUCGUUCAAGCUGCCGGGCUGCAAGCUGUCCGCAAGAACCGAUAUGUCAUCCUCCCUGUAGACUUCGAAGAGGCGUGGAAACAAACGGUCAAACGUGCGGACGACACUCACGAGUUCUAUCGAUAGAUAUCUUGUUUGGUUAUAUUGCAUUGUAUUACAUGUGCAUAUCUUGCUCUCUGUUGCCUGUGUUGUGAUCUAGUUUUGAAGCAUCCGACA